CGCCCAUUAUAACGGUGUCAUCAAUGGGCGCGCGCGGCCCGCUGAGUGCAGACGGCUGCACGUGAAUCUCCGUGAUGGACAGCAGCUCUGAUGUGGCGAAGAAGCUCGUGCGGUUCAAACUUCAGCUGACGGACACAGCAGAGUCUGCCACGGUUGUAAAGAUUUUGCAGAAACUCAAAGAUCUCGAUGUAACAUUAGACCUUCUUGCCGAAACUGGAAUCGGCAAAACCGUAAACUCCCUGCGCAGACAUGUGCAGGCUGGAGAAUUGGCCAAGUCGCUAGUUAUGGGUUGGAAAAGAUUGGUCCCUAAGGAAUCUAGAAGAUGCAGCCUCACAGAUGAUGGAAAUGCACCUGAGAGUUUGUCUAAAGACAAACUGCAAGACUCUCCAAAUAAUGGAAGUCUUACAAUGGAGGAUUCAAACAAUAAUUGCUUAAAAUCUCACAUUAAGAGUCAGACGUCAGAUGAAGCCCUUUUCAAAACUGGCAACGGGAAAGCUGAUUCAGAGAAACAAUGUAGAGAAUUGAAAAGACAAAAGGACCAUCAUGGAAAUCAAGAAAAAUGUCAACAGGAAAACCAGCACAUCUCUCAGAACGACCUCUUAAAAAAGAACAUUGACAUCCAAGAGCAUCAAAGGGACAUUUCAGUUUCCAAGAAAGUCAAAAGGAAAGAAAGGGAUGGAAAAUCAAGAAACAGUGAUAUUCUGCUCGCAAACAAAAACACAGAGGACCCUCAUCAACAAUCCAGCUCUGAUUUUGGAAGAUUUGGUUCUGAAAAAAAGUCAAAUAAGAAACAAAAACUUUCAUCCAGCGAAGGCAAAGAAUCCUUUUCCAUUAAAUCCAGUCACAAACACGUAGGAACAUUAAAGCUGGCCAGUGUCAAAGAGGACAGAUCUUCUACAGUAUUGAGGAGUUCAGAGGCACAAAACAAAAAAAGGAAAAAAAUGACUAAAGAGAAGCACUGCACUCGAAAAGACAAACCAGUGUCUGAAGAAAAAGGACCUUCAAAAGACAAAAAGGCCAAAAUAAAGCACAAAAAGGAGCAGACCAAAUCAGAUGAGCCCUCGUCUUUUGAAUCGUUCUUGAACUAUGACGUAAAUGUUAAAAAGAAGAAAACAUCUGGAGGGAAGAAACUGCCUAAAACACUCAAGACUGUAGCAAAAGCGAAAGAAACAAAACCGCCUGACAUGAAACUUUUAAUGUCCCCUGGGAUGUCAAUGCAUUUAACUUCUCCAACACAGGAGUUUAAAGAGUCCGUACUGGAAGCCUUUAGAAUCCCUUCACCCACCGGUCUGCCCGACGGUGAAAAACCAUACGAGUACUUUGAGAGGAAAGUUGAGAGGGAGUCAGAGUUCUGUGACUUCUCAGAGGAUUCCGUGGGCUUCACUGGUCAACGCCUUAACAAAAAGAUGCAAGUGUACUCGGGUGCCAAGACCGCCUUCCUCCCAACCAUGAUGAGCCUGCAUCAGCAGUGCAUUCGCACACUCCAGAAUAACCUCAACUUGCUUUAUGAAACUGGAGGAGUCCCGUUUGAAAUCCUCGAGCCAGUGUUGGAGAGGUGCACGCCAGAGCAGCUGCUACGCAUUGAAGAAUGCAACCCAAUCUACAUGGGAGAGACGGACCACUUAUGGGGGAAACAUUGCCAGAGGGACUUUAAACACUCCAAACUUCAGGAGUAUGAAUCAUGGAAAGAGAUGUACGUCAGGCUCUCUGAGGAGAGGGAAAGGAAACUCAAAAGACUCACCAAAAGCAUAGUCUCUGCCCAUUCUACCAGACCCAAAGGUCGGCAGGUGAAAAUGGCAUUUAUUCACUCGGUUGCUAAGCCCCCGAGAGAUGUGCGAAUUCAGCAGGAAAUUCAUGGAACGGCAUCUCAGCAGCCUCAGGUCAAGUCCAGCCUCAAGGUUCAAGAAAACAGGCAGAGGCCGAGUAACGAGUCCAGCAGGUCCAGCAGCACCAGUUCAGGGGCGCCGAACACACAAGACCCUCGCAAAAAAACAAGAGUGGCUCCAAUGAUGGCCAAGUCCUUAAAGGCAUUUAAGAAACAGCUGGGACGCAGAUAAAUGGUCUUCUAUUUAAAUUGAAUGGAGUUGAAAGUUCACUGAUUAACUUUGGAUGCCUGUGCUCACUGUGGAUUACUCAGUGUGGUUUGUCUGAAAAUGCAGGAAUGUGCAAUGUAUUUUCUUUAACUGUAAAUUGUCCUCAUGAUUAAAGGGACAAUUAAACGAAAAGAUUCAA